AUGCUUCCGCCGCCCCCGCGCCAGCCGCCGCCCCAGGCGCGGGCGGCCCGCGGCGCGGUGAGCCUGCAGCGGGCCUUUCUGCGCGGCCCGCUGGGCGUGCUGCGGCUGCUGCAGCUGCUGGCCGGCACCGCCUUCUGGAUCACCAUCGCCACAAGCAGGUACCAGGGCCCGGUGCACUUCGCGCUCUUCGUGUCCGUGCUCUUCUGGCUGCUGACCCUGGGCCUCUACUUCCUCACGCUGCUGGGCAAGCACGAGCUGGUGCCCGUGCUGGGCUCGCGCUGGCUGGUGGUCAACGUGGCGCACGACCUGCUGGCGGCCGCGCUCUACGGCGCCGCGAUGGGCAUCAUGAUCAGCCAGACGCAGAGCCACAGCUACUGCAACCUCAAGGAUUACCAGAUGUCCUGCGCCUACCACGCCUUCCUGGCGGCCGCCGUCUGCGGCGGCCUCUGCCUCGGCCUCUACCUGCUCUCGGCGCUCUACGGCUGCUGCCGCCACUACCAGGGCGAGCAGGAGGUGGCGUGAGGUCGCUGCGCCGCG